UAAUCCAAUUGAUUGUCAUAUAGCGGUUUAUGACUCUAUCGCACCAAAGUUUAAGCAUAGACGUGCUGUGACCAUACUCAAGAGCUUGUUAAUUGAUUACGUACAAGAUGUUAGAGGUGAAACAAUUAAUUCAAGAGUAAGAAUUUCUCACUCAAUCGUGAAUACACCAAAACAGUUAAAUACAGUCGAUUGUGGAGUUUAUAUUCUACACUUUAUAGAAACAUUCAUGGAGAAUUCUAGUGAACUUGAACAAAAAAUUAUUGACAAAGAAACUGAUGAGGAUCAAUGGAAUCCUACCGCUUUACCUACAAAGCGUCAAACAAUUCUAGAAAUAAUAGAAAAUAUAGAAGUUGAAUAUAAAAC